AUGGACAUAAAAAAAAGCAACACAACAAAAAAUCAAUUUUGUCUUAAUGUCUACCUGUCGAACAAGCCACUUAACAUUCCACUUAUUUGUGCGAGCGGAGAAAAAGAAAGAUCUGAGAUGUACGAAGCCAAAAAGCCUGGAUCUUUUGUGGACGCUUGUAGAGUUGUGUUGUUUGCUUUGUUUUUUGCAUCCAAACGAUAA